AUAGGGAUGCAGUAGGCCUAACUAGAGGUUUGGGCCUUAAAGGCCCAGGCGUAGCACCCAUCCCCAACAAACGAAGCCUGGCAAUCUGUAGCAAACAAAUCCUGCAGCCCCCAAUCGAUCACCGCCGGCCAUACUCCUUCCCCGCCGCCGCCAUGGGGAAGUUCCGCAAGCUCGGUCGCCACGCCGCCCACCGCGUCUCCAUGCUAAGGACGAUGGUGUCGCAGCUGGUGAAGCACGAGCGGAUAGAGACCACCGUCGCAAAGGCGAAGGAGGUGCGGCGGAAGGCGGAUCAGAUGGUGCAGCUUGGCAAAGAUGGUACACUAGAUGCAGCAAGACGUGCAUCGUCCUUUGUUCGGGGUGAUGAUGUUGUUCACAAGAUAUUCACAGAGCUUGCAUACCGCUACAAGGAUCGAGCCGGUGGAUACACAAGACUAUUGCGAACUAGGAUACGAGUUGGCGAUGCUGCACCAAUGGCAUACAUUGAGUUUGUCGACCGGGAGAAUGAACUUCGAGAGGCAAAACCUGCAACACCACAGCCACCCCAGCGGAUCCCUCUUGAUCCAUGGACCAGAUCUCGUGCCAGCCAACAGUGGGCAGGACCUAAAGUCAGCCAGAAGAACUCUGGGGCAGAAGGCCUAUGAGACCUGGAUCAUUAUUCAUCCUUAUUUUUGUGUUUCUAAAAGGCUUUUGAUCUUUAGACGCUCGAACUAGGAGAUUCAUCCUGUAAGAAACUAAAAGCUACCGUUUCCACGGAAAGUUUUUCUCAUGGGUCAUUGUAACAUCUGAUAUGUUUAGUGUUCAUGCUUACUGAUCAUUGUCAGGGUAUUGUUUGCCAUGUCUGAUAUAAUAGCUACAAUGUGGCCAUGUUGGCAAUGUGCGGUCUCGAGUAUCCAGA